AAUGUGUCCACUGAAGAUGAUAAAGAAGAGGUCACUGCAAAACAAGAUCAUUCACACCAGAGAUCCAGGGAAGAAAGACCAUCAUACAAGGUUCCUUUCAAAGAGGACUAGAUACUAAUCUGCUAUUUACACUUGGAUUUGUAAAAUGUUUUUUCUUCUGACCUUCUGUUUCUACUUCCGAUUUAAUCAAGUGAACCCAUUGGCUCUAGACCCGUGUUCUGCCUACAUAAGUCUGAAUGAGCCUUGGAGAAAUACUGACCACUUGUUUAACGAGUCCCAAGACAAACCGAUGUGUGACAACCACCUUGACGGCGAGUGGUAUCGGUUCACUGGUAUGGCUGGAGAUGCUAUGCCAACAUUUUGUAUUCCGGAGAACCACUGUGGCACGCAUGCACCAAUCUGGCUAAAUGGCAACCACCCAAAUGAAUCAGAGGGCAUUGUGCAAAGACAAGCCUGUGCCAGCUACAGUAAUAACUGCUGCCAGUGGAACACCACUUUGGAUAUCAAGGCUUGCCCAGGAGGUUACUAUGUUUAUCGACUAACAAAACCAAGUGUCUGCUUCCAUGUCUACUGCGGACACUUCUACGAUAUCUGUGAUUUGAUGGAGUGCGGAGGAACCUGUCUGGACACUGGAAAUUGCAUUUGCAGUACUGGAACAGUUCUAGGUCCUGAUGAGCAAACCUGUUUGGAUGAAAAUGAAUGUGAGCACAACAAUGGUGGCUGUAGUGAGGUCUGUAUCAACCUAAAGAAUUCCCAUCGCUGUGACUGUGGAACAGGACGAGUGCUUCGCAGUGAUGGAAAAACGUGUGAAGAUAUUGUGGGCUGUCAAAACAAUAAUGGAGGUUGCAGUCACAGCUGUGUGCAGUCUGGUGAAACAUACCAGUGUCAGUGCCCACGGGGGCUUAUCUUAUCUGAGGAUAACCGCACAUGUCAAGUUCCAGUAAUAUGUAAACCAAGCUCCAUAGAGGUCUCUGUCCCAAAGGAUCUAGUUGGGGGACUUGAGCUGUCACUGACUAAUUCCUCCUGCAAGGGUGUGUCCAAUGGUACUCACGUCAAUAUCCUUUUCACCCUGAAGACUUGUGGGACAGUCAUCAAGGUAGUAAGCGAUAAGAUAAUCGCUACCAAUCUAGUGACAGGAAUGCCCAAGCAGACCUUAGGGAGUAAUGGGGACAUUAUAAUUCGUACAAGCAAGAUACUGAUCCCUAUAACAUGCGAGUUCCCAAGACUUUACACAAUCUCUGAGGGUUAUGUGCCCAACCUUAAGAACUCGCCUUUGGAAAUUAUGGGGCGUAAUAGGGGAACGUUUCCCUUCACCCUGGAGAUAUUCAAGGAUAAGGAUUUCGACAAACCCUACAGAGAGACUCCACCAGUGCUCAAACUCAGAGACUCCCUUUACUUUGGCAUUGAACCUUUGAUGCGUGUGAAUGGUCUUGAGACCCUGGUGGAGAGUUGUUUUGCAACACCUACCUCCAAAAAUGAUGAAAUUCUGAAGUACUACUUAAUCCAGGACGGGUGUGUCUCAGAUGAUGCUGUAAAACAAUAUACAUCAAAAGAUCAUCUUGCCAAACACUUUCAGGUCCCAGUGUUUAAAUUUGUGGGAAAGGAUAACAAGGAGGUGUUCCUGCACUGCCAGAUUCUGGUCUGUGGAGCCACGGAUGAGCGAUCACGCUGUGCCCAAGGUUGCCGCCGCCGGAUGCGCAGAUCAGCAGAUAUGGAGGAUGGAACAAGUCAUCUGUCGAACCAUCUCCUCACUGGAGGUCCCAUAAUAAUAGAUAUGGAAGAAUAGCUUUGUCCUCAUACAGAUCCACAAUGCUGUAAAUAAUGUGCCUCACUAUGAUGUUAAUUCCAUCUUUUUAGCCUUUAUACUGUAUUUAAAAUUAUUCCCUGAUUUCACGUGUUUAUUUAUCUAACCCAUGUAAGUAUUUUUUACACUUUACAUUCUGUGUACUAUAUGAAAACCUGGCUAUCCAUUUUUCACCAGAUAUACAAAGCUAAAAUAAUCUAUGGUUUCUAAUUGUAUCUGAUUAAAUGGGAACAGCUUUUCAA